GUGGAAGCCCAGGCAGACAGUCUACGCGCAGAGCCCACCUCAGGACGAUGCGCUGCACAAAGAGGAUGCAGACGCCCUGGCCAUACGCGACGGCGUGUCGCCGCGGAGAAAGACGGACAAGGUUGCGGCUCCUGUGACGUAUUGCAACGGGAGCAAACCCCGCGCUAGCUCCCACACUUUCGUUGGGGAGCGGCAUCCGACGAACCACAGUGGUGGCGGAUCCGUUCUGAAGCCAACGGGGUCCCCGCAGCCUCCCACCGCAGCCCAAACUCCGGCAGAGGGGGCCAUGCAUCAGCAGUCCCCCAGGAGACCUCCUCACGUCUCUUCGGGGCCCUGCUUGUUCACGGGCACCGCCGGCAACGGCACGGUUCUGCGGGAGGUGCAGUAUGGCCGAGAAGAUCCGAGCCUGCUGUCCUUUGCGGAGAAGACCCACAUGUUCAAUGCCAGAAGUCAGAGCCAGGGCGAUCCGGGGUCGCGACGCCCCUCGAGGCCCGUACCGCAGCCAUCCCAGGCGCCCGCGGCGGUGGCACAAGGAGCCGUGCCGAGACCCAGCCCAUCUGUGAGCUCCGGUCUCAACGGCUACGACCCCUCCCGGGGCUUCGCCUUUGCGCCAAACAGCCGCAACACCAUCCCCAUGACCAUGAAGCCUUGUGUUCAGCCUCCCGCGCCGGCGAACAUCGCGCGAUCGGCGGCUACGACGCCGCAGCAGCUCACACCUCCGGGCCCGAACCAGGCGCAAAUCUACGGGGGGGUACACGCGCGCGGACGGUCCACGUCGCCUGCCUACAACGCAGGCCCCCCUGGAUUUGUCCAAGCAGCCAUGAGGCACCCUCAGCCGGUGAUCUAUCGGCGGUAG